AUGCCUAAAUCAAAAAGAUCAAAAUUAGUGACCCUUUCGCAAACGGACAAAAAAGGAAAAGAGUCCAAGCAUAAACUUUUUGAUGAGGUUCGUUCUGCAUUGGACAAAUACCAAUAUUUUUGGGUAUUAAAAAUGAAUGAUAUAAGAACACCAGUAUUACAAGACAUUCGAUCCGAUUGGGGCCAAGAAUCCAAACUCAUACUAGGCAAGAAGAAAGUGAUUCAAAAAGCUCUCGGCGAAACCCCUGAGGAAGAGUAUCAACAAAACUCAUCGGAAAUAGUUAGAUUUUUACAAAAAUUACCAGGAUUAACACCUGGAUUACUUUUCACAGAUGAAUCCCCAGAUACUGUUAAAGAGUAUUUCAAAGCAUACACUAAGAAGGAUUUUUCUCGAGUAAAUACAAAGUCCCCUAUCAGGUUUGAGAUCCCUGAAGGUAUAGUAUAUUCUCGCGGUGGCCAGAUUCCAGAAGAGGAAGAUGUAGUAAUGUCUCAUUCAUUAGAAGAAACAUUGCGUAAUAAAUACAAGAUCCCAACAAAGAUCAAGUCUGGGAAAAUCAUAUUGGAAAAACCAUAUUUGGUAUGUGAUAAAGGUGAUGUUUUGGAUGUUCGACAAGCUUUAAUUUUGAAACAAUUUGGUGUCGCCUUGAGUGAGUUCAAAGUUCCUUUGCUUGCAUAUUAUGACAAAAGUUCAGGAGCCGCUGAAGCAUUGAAUGUUGAGACUACUGAGUAA